AUGGUUGAAGAAACGAAAUUUCUUUCUUUUGAAGAAGGAAAGGUUCUCGUAACCACAAGUCUAAAAACUGGAAGAGGCAUUGAAAUAUUAAACAAAUUAAUAAAUGAAAAAAGAUAUUUAAGAUAUGUUUUUUAUUAUCUAAAAUUAUUGCAUACAGUGAAAUAUUUAAGUAACCACAAAAUAAAGAGGAAUCUAUGUAGAUUAGAAAAUAUAAUAAAAAGUAAGGUAUGUCAAAUAUUCCAUCUUUUAUGUUAUAACGUAAAAAAUAAAAAAUUAGUAUGUAACAUAAGAAAAAAUGAUAAAUGUUAUUAUAAGAGCUUUAAAAAGAUAAAAGGAUUAUUUAAAUUGGAAAAAAUAUUCAAAACAUAUAUGAAGAAUAUAUUUAUUAAUUGUUUUUCAAAAUGUCUUUUUUCUAAUACAUUGUCCUCUUUAAAAAUGAAGAAUAAAAAUCUAAUUAAAGAAAAUAAUAAAAGCAAUUUUUUAUCAUUUGAAAGAGAUUACAAAAAAGAGGUUGAUAAUAGUAGUAAUAGAUUUAUUUUUCUAAAUGAUUGUUAUAAGUAUCAUAAAUAUAGAUAUUAUAAUGUAUACCAAUAUGGUUUACAUAAUUAUAUAGGUAUGUGUCCUAAAUGUUAUUUAUUAUUACAUGAUAAUCAUAAUAAAUCAUAUGAAAAUGUUCAUCAAAAUGAAUAUUCUUUUAGUAAACAGGAUACUAUAAUACAGCCACUAAUUCCUUAUUAUUAUAAAAAUUUACCAUCAAUAAAAAUGUAUCAUCACAAAGACAACAUUAAAUAA